GAGGAACUUGCAUUAGCUUUUGGUGAGUAUCACAUGGUAUCUAAAAAUAAGGAUUUCAGAAAAAAAGAUCUUUUAAGUGAUGAUAUUAUAGAAGAUAAAGAUUCUCUUGCAGGUCAGAAGGAAAAGAGAACUGAAGUUGCUAUGCAUAAUCAAGUAACAAGUCUAAUUGC